AUUUGGUGGGUGCUUCGUUCUGUUGCUCUGGUGCCGCUUCGCAGCUAUCUUGGUCAAACCAUGACACUCCCCGGUUCUGGACGCUACCCGCUCGCCGCGCGCUCUCCACGAAAGUAACAGCAGAAGCUUACUCUAUCUUGCCGUCCGAGUCUACAAAUUCAAUCUACUCUUUCAUAAUCCCCCUUCUUCCUGACAUUCUCGGCAGUGCUCCCAGCAGUCAUCUCGAAGCCGGUCGCUCGCGGAAUCCAUCGAUUUCAGCAUUGCGCGGUUCUAUUUUCUCGACUACAACUGCCCACCACGUCAUUGACCGAUCGAUUGCGAGCUCACACUAAGCCUCGUCGCAUGGUCCACGAUGGCUACGGGUGGUACCGCGCCGCCUUUGGCACUGUCAAGCCCUCCCCCGCCCUUACGGGACAACAGUCCCAGCAACCUCUCGAGCCCCCUCAGCGAGCCUGGAGAAGAAAAAGAUGAAUACGGCGACGAAUCUGAGCUAGAUACACACGACAACAACCAUGACCACAAUACGCCGACGCGAAACGCUCCCGACGACCUUGAGCAAGACGCCGCCUCCGAGUCGGAUAAUGACAGCAAGCUGUCCGAAGUUGACGUCAACGAUUCCGAAGCCGAAACAGAAAGGCUCUACGAUACUCCUCCUAAGAACGGCUCCGCUCGCGACAUUGUGAAUACUGCUGCCGAUGUUGGGCAGAAGCGGUUCACCGACCGCCGAGACCGGGUUUUUGAGCGUAGCCCAAGCAAGCUCCACCAGCAAUUACGUGCCGACAUCGAUACUGAACAAGUGGGUAACGGUCGCAAUUCCGGACCCGAAGACGAGGAGGACAACGACGACGUCUCAAUGCCGUCCAGCGAACCCGAGGUCGACUCGGUCAAGGGGCCACAGCUCGAGUCGCCCUUGCUGGCUAAGAAGAGCCAAGUCGGUCUUUCUGAUGACAUGACUACAUCCCAGUCCACUAGAAAAUCGUCAGUCGAUUCUCGAAAACGGAAGCGUUCGUCCGCAACCGAGCACUCAGAAUCUGAGCUGCCCCUGAAGAAGCGAACCGGCUCGAUUGGCGGCGUCGACCGUGAGCCCGCCGAAGACAUCGCUAUGGUAGAUGACGAAGGUGUCUCAACAAACCCACAAAGCGGUAAUCAAACCGCGGAUGAAGAUAAUGAAGAGCUAGCACCCACAACAGAACCGAAGGAGGAGUCUGAAGACGUGCUACCGAGCAGGUCCAGGAAAGGGAAGCGCAGCCCAACAAGAAAGCGGAAGAACAAAAACCCCGCGGAACAUGACAUGCAAGACGAAGCGCCAGAUGAACCCCCCGAAGAGACAGAUGCGCACAGCCUCGAGUUACCCACACCGCAGCCAGAGGACGACCACGCCGAAGAAAUUGACGAGGAAGCGGAGGAAGCGCACCGGAACGAGGAAGAGUUGAAACGGAAGAAAGCAGCAUGGGAAGAGCUAAUAGCAAUCGAGAAGCAAUUCAGCAGCUUCCGGGAGCGCUUGUAUCAAGAGCGACUGGAACAGCUUAACCAAGAAGAGGCGUCGCUCUUGGGAGACAACCCGACCCAUCCAGAGUACCUCGCUAUGCUGCAGUGCCUUGAAGAGCGACGGGCGGAAAAGAUAAGGAUAGCCGAUGUUGAGCUGCAGUUCAAAAUGUCGGUGCUUGAACACCGAGCGGUAGCUGAACGUGCCCAGAUCAUGUCGCAGUUUUAUCAGGCCGUACGUGAGUUGCGGGAGGAGGUCCUGGCAGAGCUGGGCCAAGAGUGGUACGAGAUCCAGCAUGAACGUCGCCGUGCUGCCAACACAAUACCGGACUAUGGGAUACGGUUCCCUGCGACAAGGGCAGAAGCUGUUAGAAACGCCGUGUCAUACAACAAGGAGGUCUCGGUGCUUUCAGGGUUCGCCAAGCACGUCGGUUUUCCAGCGGCGCCGUCAAUCCAUGGCGCGUCUGAGGAACAGCUCGACGCUGACCUUAGAGCCAUACACAGCUUGCGUGAGCCGAUGCCGAUGCCGCGUCAGAUUCCGAACCAUCUGCCAGCGUUCCGGACAGACUACACAAGCAACCUUGCUCUUAGUCAAGGACUCGGUGCUGCCGGAGAGCAGUUCAUCGAGCAAACACCGUGGGCGAACCCAAAUCAUCCGUCCCAUCAGGUGCACCGUCAACAAGCGCACCGCGACGCUAACGCUCCACUUAGCUACGCCGUGCCGUCGUCAGUGCCUCGGAGAUACCCCAGCCAGCCUGGAGGUCUCUUCUCUUCGAGCGUAACUACGAUCCCCAACGGCGAUUCCCCGGUGCAGGUGCAGAAAGCACAUUCACCGGCCGUGCCUGAGAAGCUGCACGGAUCCAGGAUGGGGCCCGAGCCAUUAAAGCGAGAGUCCGCCAUACAUGCAUCUUAACCUUCAUCCAUUCAUUUCUUUUCUUUGUUGGAGAGGACUAGCGGUCAUCGUCAUCAUCAUUGGUGGGGUUCAAUGGAGUUGAGGGGGAAGCAUUGAGAGUAAUUUUCACGGCCAUGGCCGCAGGCAGGCGGAUUUGCAUUUCGCAUACUCGACGUUCAUGAGUUGCGGGGAGCGGUUUCUCUGGGUCGCUCUCGGGCCGGCAUUUGAAGCGACAAGGAUGCUGUGAAGCAUCUCGGCGUAUUUAAUGUGGGAUAGAUGAGACAUGUAUCGAUAUGGAUGCGUAUUGUACAUCCGGGAG